AUGACUACUGCCAGUAACUGGCUGCCCAACUGGGCUCUCGCCUACGCCACCCCUUACAUAGUCGGCUCUGGUCCUGGCAACGCCGACCUGCAGUCCAAGGUGUUCUUCAACUGGGCCAGUUUCUGCCUGAUUGACGCUGUCUUUGUGUACUUGUACAUCUACGAGACCAAGGCGGUGAUACCUAACCAUCCAAACAGGGCUCUCUCUCUCGAAGAGGUCGAUGAGCUUUUCGACACUGUCAGCGUCGCCUGGAAAUCCAAGCACUUCACUCCCACGGUCCAUUUUGCUGAUAUGUUUCACGAACGUGAUAGCAAGGGGGAGGCAAAGGACAAGCGCGUCGAGGACGUUCUUCGUGCUGCAGCCUAG